AUGCAGUCACACGCUGAUCAAAUUAUCCGGGAAGGAUAUACUAAAGAGUUUGCGAAACACACAGUUUUACUGACCGGGAGCACGGGGUCCCUCGGUGGGUGUCUUCUGUACAAGUUGGCGCUGCAAUUGCCCACCCGCAAAAUCUACACUUUGAUUCGAGGCAGUCCAGAGCAAGCGAUCGAAAAAUGGACUAAAGCGAUGCCGGAUCAGACACCAGCUAUCAUGGCUUCGAAUAGGACGGAGUUUGUGACUGGUGACAUGACGGCGCCCGAUUUCGGCAUUGAGUCUGGUACUUUGCACCAGCUGCAAGACCAAGUGACCCUCGUCAUUCACACAGCAGCUAAGAUAACGCUCGAUGCGAGUCUCCCUGAAGCCCUUGAGAACAACUGUCUCCCGUCAUUGGAGAUGGCGCGGAUAGCCUCUCAAUUCAAGCGUUUAAAGCUCCUGGUCCAGCUAUCAACCGCAUACGUCAAUAGCUUUCUCCCAGACGGCCCCGUGCUCGAGAGACCGUAUUCGUUGACAGAAGAGGACCCUGAAGACGAACUUGCCUCCAUUUUCAGUUUGGGCCAAUCCCCGCACUCCGAUCGGUUUUCAUCAAGCUACGCUCAGGCAAAAUAUCUAAUGGAGCGACUUCUCGCUCAACGGUUUCCACUCUUACCGAUUUUGCUUGUUCGACCAACGAUCUUUGGACAAGCAUUCCGUGACCCGUAUCCGUUGUACGGACUCGAAAACUCUACGCCCCUGAAUAAAUUCUUUCAAUACUUCGUGGCUGACCAAGACAGCACGCAGAUCUGGCACGCCGCGAGAGGAUAUAAAACAGGAGCUAAUGUGCUCGAUGAAAUCCCAGUGGACUUUGUUGCCAAUGCGUGUCUUCUUCAUGCAUCGGCACACACGGCGGGAAUCGUGCAGGUCGGAUCAGGGCUUUAUGAGCCUUUCACCUUCGAUGAAUAUCUGGAGAUUGUGAAUUCGAACGCCCCGCCAGCUAUCCUUUCCACACUCCCACGGGUGGUCUUUACAGAAGACCGGGAAGCGCCCCAAUGCUUCCUCGCCGAAUUGGUCCAAGUCGCCUCGAGAAACUGGCUGUUUGACUGUGGGAGGUCGUACUGGCUAAAGCAAGUGGGCGGGCCGUUGAACCUGCGGUCAUGUAGGACACAGGUAAAUGACUUGAACCAGCGACGAAUCGCUCUGAUUUACAGUCGACUGGCCCGGGCUGGCAAGGCUCGACUGUGA